UACAACAUGAAACCGAACUAAAGGUACACACUUGUACGCGAACUUGUCGUUGACGUCAUAUUUAGUGGCCGGAAAUCGCAGACGGGAGUCCGCUGAGGAGAAUGGCUGGGCUGAUUAAAAAGACGACCGGGCUGGUCGGCUUGGCAGUAUCCCACAGUCCACAUGAGCGUCUGAGGAUUCUGUAUUCAAAGAUCCUGGCGUCACUGCAGAACAUGCCACAGGACGCAGCAUACAGGAAGUACACAGAGCAGCUGGUCAGCGAGAGGUUCAACCACGUUAAAAUGGAACCUGAUGUUGAGAAGCUGGAGAAGAAGAUAAACUGUGGGCAGAUUGAAGAAGUUAUUUUCCAGGCGGAGUGUGAGCUGGCUCUGUCCAGGAAGAUGAUGGAGUGGAAACCAUGGGAGCCGCUGGUGGAGGAGCCUCCACCUAACCAGUGGAAGUGGCCUAUCUGAGUACACCUGUGUAUACUGCUCAUGUCAUACUGUGUGUGUUUGUGUGUGUUCCAUACCUCUGCUUCAAAUGAAGUACUGUACAAAUAAAAGUCUUGCAGAUAUUUCCCCA